AUGGCUAGCAGUUACAAGGAGAAUAAGCGCCAGAAUAUGGAGCAGUUUGCAGAACGUGUAUGGAGCAAUUUAGAUAUAUCUAAAGAUCAAUUGAAGAUAUAUGCAUGGACCGAUAUUAAAAUUUUGUUACAAAGUAAUGGUAGAAGCUUAACGGAUUUUCCUACAAUGCCUCAUCCAAAUAUGUCACUACUCCCUGAAUAUCGAAACAGAUUGGCAGAUGAUGAAUUAAAUGAUGACACAGAAACCAAUUUAAAAGCAAAGGCGAAACUAAUCAUAUGGGAUGAAACUCCAAUGAUGCACAAAUAUUGCAAAGGUAUGGAUAGAAAUUUUAGAGAUAUUCUUCGAUUUUCUGAUGAAGGUAAUAUGAACACUACAUUUGGUGGUAAAGUUAUGGUAUUCAAUGGUGAUUUUAGUAAAAUUCUACCUGAUAUACCAAAAGGAACCAUGUUGGAAGUUGUGCACGCUACAAUCAAUUUUGAUGGGUCAUCAUGA